UGAGAAGAAACGAAAGAAAAUCGCUGUCGCUCGGUUCGGCAGUAACAAGUAAUAGAGUAGCUCUUCACUGUUAGAUCCUCUCUGAAUCGGAGGAGGCAGAUUUUGUACCGAUCCUAGCAGCCAAGCCUCGAGUGAGAAAACGAAGAAAGAAAAGCGUCACGAAGAACCGCAACACCAAGAGCGAUCAUCAGAUCUCCCCCUCCCUUGUGCUCUGUUAGCCCUAUCGCUCGCAUGUUCACUGAUCCUCCACUAAUGGCUUCUUGAUCAGUGACAUCUCUCAUAAAAGAUUGUAUGAAGAAGUAAUUAAAUCAUAUGGGGUGUUCACUUGGCUGUACUGGUGCCGCGGCUGUUAACUCAGAUGUGCGAUAUAUGCAUGUUUACUACGGUAAAGAAACUUUAGGCAGAUUCAGAGCAGGUUAGUAAGGGGAGUCAGAAUUCGCUGUUUGUAGAAAGUGCUGUUGUGCUGUUAUAUAAGCUUGGCAUAGUUAUACACACGAACCAUGGCUGAAGGAGCUGAGCAGGUUGAACUUAAAUUCCGCAUAUUUGAUGGAACAGAUAUAGGCCACGGUACUUAUUCAUUGUCGACAACAGUUGGCACCCUUAAACAGCAGGUGGUUGCUGAGUGGCCUCAAGGAAAAACAAUUUCACCAAAAUCAGCCGGAGAUGUAAAGCUUAUUCAUGCUGGUAAAGUUCUGGAAAACAGCAAAACACUAGCUGAUUGCAGAAUAACUCUCGGUGAUGUUCCUGGGGGGGUUAUUACCAUGCAUGUUGUGGUGCAGCCUCCUGUAACUAAGAACAAGACAGAUAAUAAUCAGGAGGAGAAUCAAAAGAUGAAUUCAUGUUCAUGUACUAUCCUUUAGAUUAUGAAGGACAUAUGUGGCUGCAGUUGAAUGUAACGUUGCAGUUUUGGCAUUAUAAGCUUGAUGAGAAGGCACCUGGCUCUUCAAAACAAAACAGAUGUUUGGCCUUACCAAUCGUUUUUCUUGCUUCCAUUUGGUUUUGAAUCAUUUUCUAGUCAGUCUUUGCAAAGAAAUCAGAUAUCUGCAUUGUAAUGCUCGGAUCUCAGCGAGCACAAAUCGGAGUCUUGCGGGCCAGAAAACAUGCGGACCUUUACUUCCAAAGUGUGACAUCAUCGAAGGAUAGAAUCCUAUAUUUUUCACUUUUCAAAAGUUUGAACACAUAUUUAGACGUACAUGUAUAGUGAAUAGAACAAGGCAAGUUAGGAUUUGUGUCUGACGCGUGUGUGACAGUAUGAGGUAGCAUUUCAUUGGAUGAAAAUUGAAGAGACAAUGAAGAAGAAAUAUUAUAUUGGAUGAAGGUAGCAUUUCGUUGGAGUGGAGUCUGGGCUUCAGGUAUGUUGGUAUGGAAUGUGAUUGUAUCAAGUGGAUGGGGUUAAUUUGGGGCUAAAAGGAUGCUCUGUCGUGCUUGAGUGCUUACUGUUAAGGGGUGGUUCAGCUGUUGCCCCUCUUCCAUUAGAGGAAUCAAGUGGCUCUUUGUUCCCAUGAGAUGGUGUUCGGGUUGAAGGUCCUCCACAAACCUCUUCUGUUCGACUUUCUCUUUCUUUUUUUAAUUUUAAUUUGAAAAUUCAAGCUCUUUCUUUUUAUUGUUUUCAUAAAAGUUUUGCAUCUUAAUUUAUUUCGUUGCUCGAGUUUUUGGUUCGGGAACAUUAAAAUCAAGUCAAUUUAUUUUGUUUGAGAUUGUAAUUCACAA